CAGAAAACUACCAUUCAUAUCUGAAAAUGGCAAAUAGACCAGAAUUCUUCACUUUGAUGGUAUUUUCAAUUUCCAUUUUAAUGAAAACAGAAUCUUUUGUCCUUGAUACAGCAACAAUCAAAUGCCUUCCUAGAAGUCCCUCUUGUUCAUGUGGAACAUUCCAGACCUUUGAAAAUAACAAAGAAAUCCAGGCUAGUAACAUUUACUGCGACGAGACUUCUGAUGUAUUUCCUGACUUCUCUGUGAUAUCUAAACCUGUGAUAAAUGGUUCCAGUUGGUAUAUAGGACUCACGAAAAACAAUUUUACACAUAUACCAGGAGGUUUAUUUAUCGGUCUCACACCUGUCAAUGUCAAUGAAACGUAUCUUUAUCUUGAUUUGAACGAAAAUCAUAUUUCAAAAAUCGAAAAUAAUGCGUUCGUUGGGAUGGAAAACAUAUAUGUUGAAAUGGAUUUAUCAAACAAUAAUUUAUCAUCAUUUCCUUUAGCUUUUCUUGUUCUAAAACAACUUGGUGGAAUUUCCCUACAAUUUAAUCCUAUCAAAGUCAUCGAUCAAAUUGUUCUACAACACCUAGCCCCUACACUUGGCUAUUAUGAAAUGGGCAUUGGUAACCUGUCGACAUGGCCCGCAGAUAUUUCUUCUUUUACUCAGGUGUUUGCAUUGACAUUGUUUGAUGUACAGCAGUACAAAUUACCACGACGACCAUUCUACGGAUCUGAAAACGUGAUAAAGGAAAUCCGUAUUCAUGGGUCUGACCUGGAUACGCUGCCGUGUGGUUUUACUGACUUUCCUCUAUUAGAAAGUAUAGCCAUGCAUCAAUCGCCAAAUCUCAAUGCUACUGACCUUGUCGAAGUAUGCCGAAAGAAUUACACGUUGUCGUCCACCCUUCGUGAAGUACACCUUGUUGAAGGAGCUCUUAAUGAGUUUCCGGACAUUCUUAAAUAUACACCGAUGCUAAGGAAGCUUAACUUAUAUAGCAAUAAGAUUCGGUAUGUGAACGAGGAUUUUAUCCCACUGAACAAUGUAUUAACAGAUCUGAUGCUUUCGUAUAACAAUCUUCAAACUAUCCCAAACAGUUUUCUUCGAUUUAGACAUCUUCGUUACCUGAUUCUAGACAACAAUAACAUUGCUACUGUUUUACCUGAAUUGGAGCGUAUUUUUCAAAAUCCUUAUUCUAGACUCUGUUUAAGAGACAAUCCUAUCAAUGCAACAGCCCUUCCAGUGAAAUGUUCGUUACCACGAGAAUCCUGGGCAUAUAAUUAAUUGACCACGAGGAUUUUGACUUACAUUUUUCAAUACAUUCUUUAUCGACUAUCCGCUUGAAAAUAAAGAUUGUUAAAGCGUGCAUUUAUUUUUAUUUAUUUUAUUUACUGUAUUUAUUUUUAAAACUUCUUAUUUAAGAGUUUCCUGAAAUUGGUCAUUAUCUUAUUGUUUUUGAAAUAUAUUUGAUUCAUACUUAGGCAAAACAGCAAAUAGGAUAAAUUCGUCAUUUGUACAGAGUAUGACAUUGACCUUCAAAGUCAAAUGAUUGAAAUGUGAUAUUAUCGGCUAGAAAUUUGUUACAAAUAAAAAAUUUUAUUGAUAAGACAACAAAUAAGACAAAACCUUCAUAUGC